CGCAGGCGCGCGGCCGAGCGGCAUGGCGUGGCCCUGCAUCAGCCGGCUGUGCUGCCUGGCCCGGCGCUGGAACCAGCUGGACCGCUCGGACGUAGCGGUGCCGCUGACUCUGCACGGUUACCCGGACCCGGGGAGCGAGGAGCCAGGCGCGGACUGCAGCGUCUCGCGCGGGAGCCCGUCCGUCGCCGGCGCGCGGGAGCCCAGCCGUGCCGUGCCGCUCACCCAGUACCAGCGCGAUUUCGGUGUGCGAACUGCUCGCUCGGGGUCCCGGGAUGCUGCUCAAGAGCGCGCACCGGGGCCGGGCAGCCGCAGGGGCCAGUCCUCGGCGCCCCCCACCCGGACGGUCUACGUGCUGCCGGUCGGGGACGCGGACGCAACUGUAGUAGCGACCACGUCUUAUAGACAGGAAUUCCAAGCUUGGACUGGAGUGAAGCCCUCAAGGUCCACAAAGGCAAGAGCAGCCAGAGUUGUCACGACUCACAGCUCCGGAUGGGACCCCAGCCCUGGGGCCAGCUUCCAGGUUCCAGAGGUGAGGAAAUUCACACCGAACCCCUCAGCCAUCUUUCAGACAUCAGCCCCUCAGACUCUCCAUGUGUGACCAGCGGAAACCAAUGGCUGGGGAAGCUGAGCACAGCCAGACCUACCAGGCAGAGGCCUGGCCUGCUGCUUUGCCUACAGGAGCUGCUUGGCUGCUGGCUCUGGGCAUGGUGUGGAGGCGGGCAGAGGGUGUGGGCACCACCGGCUGCACUCAGCCUCCCUAACUGUCCUCCAGCAGUGUCAGGGAGGGAGACGUUCUUAUCUUCCAAAUUGUCAUUUGACAUCCUUCAGUUUUUAAAUCUGGUGAUCAAUCCAGCUGAGACCUGAACUGCUCCAGACUAAGACGUGCACACUAUCAAGUCCUUGGUAGGUGGGCUUCACACUUUGGAUGGUUUCCCCAAGAUGCAUGUUAUAUGUAUAUGUAUAUAUAUAAUUUUUUUUGA